AUUUGUAAAUUUCAAACAAAAAAAUAACAACCAAAUCAAUCAAAAUGAUGAUGACCAAUAAUAAAAAUGUGAAAUUAAAUAAAAAUGUAAAUCAUCAUAAAAUGGUGGCAGAUGAAUGGGAAAAAUUUGCAGAAUCAACAGGUUUUUGUCAACAAAAAUCAAUAAAUGAAACAACUUUAAAUGAUGUGCUGAACAAUUAUAAUGAUCAAUCGUUAAAAACAAUAAAUGAAGCACAAAAUUUAUGCAUUGAAUUGAAUAAAUUGUUUGAUGAUAAUAUUACGAAAAUCAUUCGUGAAUCAAAUCUAGAAUUUGAUGAGAAUCAAAUUCCAACGUUACAACAAUUGAUCGAGAAUCAAAAACAAACAUGUGACCGAUUUUCGCAAUUGAAUUCGACAUUAGAUGAAAUAAUUGAGCAAAGAAAUUCAUUAUGUGAUGAAUUUAAAUCACUUCAAAUAGAAAUUGAUAAUUUUCGUAAACAUCGAGAUCAAUUAGUCCAAAAAAUCGAUGAAACGCAAAAUAAAAUUGAGAAAGAAUCAUCGAAAAUUUGUUUUCGAAAACAUAAUGAUCAACUGGUUGUUUUGGUUUUCAACAACAGUGAUGGCCGAUUACAGAAUUUAUUCGAAAUCAAAGAAAAUUCCACCAAAGAGGAUUUCUGGCAAGAUUUACAUCGAAAAAUUCUUAACUAACUGUGCACUAAAAAUUUUCUUCUUUCUUUUAAUGUUCUCAAAAAUAAACUUGAAAUAAUAUUUUACGAUUAUUUUUUUUGAAU